GGUUAACGGGUUAAUGCUGUGUGCCGCUCUAACAAAAGUCCUUGGAUCUGCCUGACUUGCUCAAGUGUCCACUGCGGAAGGUAUGUAAAUGGCCAUGCAAAGAAGCAUUACGAAGAUGCUCAGGUUUCUUUAAUGAACCCUAAGAAAGCAGAAAAGCAAGAAAAAUUUCAACAUACAGUGUGCAUGGAUUGCAGCAGUUACAGUACCUACUGUUAUCGUUGUGAUGACUUCGUAGUCAAUGACACCAAGCUAGGCCUGGUACAGAAAGUCCGAGAGCAUCUACAAAACUUGGAAAACUCAGGUUUUACAGUAGACCGACAUAGGAAAAGAAAACUUCUUGAAAGUGCCUCUGUAAACAGCAAGUUAUUAAAAAUAAAUGGGAGCCCCGCCAGCUUGUGCGCAACAGGUCUUCGGAAUUUGGGGAACACGUGUUUCAUGAAUGCCAUCCUUCAGUCCCUCAGCAACAUUCCACAGUUCUGCUGUUACUUCAAGGAACUGCCAGCGGUGGAACUUCGGAACGGGAAGACUGCAGGCCGGCGAACGUACCACACGCGGAGCCAAGGAGAUAGUAGCGUUUCCUUGGUGGAAGAGUUUCGGAAGACACUGUGUGCUUUGUGGCAAGGAAGUCAAACAGCAUUCAGCCCCGAAUCCUUGUUUUAUGUUGUUUGGAAAAUCAUGCCCAACUUUAGGGGAUACCAGCAGCAAGAUGCCCACGAGUUCAUGCGCUACCUCUUGGACCACCUCCAUCUGGAACUCCAAGAAGGCUUCAACGGUGCUGCCCACCCAGUCCUUGUCCAAGAGAAUCCUGGUCUCACUGCUGGCAGUAGAUGCUGCGUUAAUGGCACUUCUACCGUGGUUACAACCAUCUUUGGAGGUGUUCUUCAGAAUGAAGUCAACUGCUUGAUAUGUGGAACUGAAUCCAGAAAGUUUGAUCCAUUCCUAGACCUUUCACUAGAUAUUCCAAGUCAGUUCCGGAAUAAACGUAGCAAGAACCAAGAGAAUGGACCAAUAUGUACGUUGCGGGAUUGUCUCCGUAGCUUCACAGACCUGGAAGAACUUGAUGACUCAGAGCUCUACAUGUGUCACAAAUGUAAGAAGAAGCAAAAGUCCACCAAGAAGUUCUGGAUGCAGAAGCUACCAAAAGUGCUGUGCCUGCACCUGAAACGCUUCCACUGGACGGCGUACCUGAGGAACAAAGUGGACACCUUUGUCGAGUUCCCUCUGCGAGGCCUAGACAUGAAGUGCUACUUGCUAGAGCCUGAAAACAGUGGCCCAGACAGCUGCCUGUACGACCUCGCGGCCGUGGUUGUGCACCAUGGUUCAGGGGUUGGUUCUGGACAUUACACCGCUUACGCGACUCACGAAGGGCGCUGGUUCCAUUUCAACGACAGCACGGUAACGCUGACGGACGAGGAGACCGUACUGAAAGCCAAGGCCUAUAUCCUCUUCUACGUUGACCGGCAGACCAAGUCUGGAUCCGAGAAACUUUAAUACCUCUGUCUGCCCUGUGCAUAUCAAGUCCCAUGGACAAAACAUUUCCAGUUCUCCACAGAUACUUGAUCCGAGACUCUUGAUUUCAUUGUGCACUUUUCAAAAAAAUUUUGUGGGUUCUAGUUUUACAUUGUCGGUAGUAGCAUUUGAUUUAUUAAAAAAUGGACACUAGCUAACUUUGUGGUUAGUUAUACCAGAAAAAAGGCAAAACCUCAGCAGAUACUGAAGUGCUGCUUAAACUCAAAUUUUAUAUAUAGUUUCAAGAGCAACUUUUAUGUUUGACUUACCUAUAUCAAUGUUCCAGUUUGCUUUCUAAAGGCAGAUUUACAGGAGGGAAACUUGAAUCCUUUUGAUAAGCACGGUGGCGUGCUCUGUUAUGAAACGCUGGCAGCUCUCGGCUGUCCCUCUCUUAGGAUUGGCGACUUGCCCUGCUGAGCAGAACCUGCACGUGGGACACACGGACAGACUUUGGGAUCUUUUCUUUUUCAAGGGACUAAAUGGGGCUGCAUUAAACAGGCCAUGCGACUGCUGCUAUUUUCGUUUCUCUGAAGGCUGUUUUUUAGUCUGUAGAUUGUACUUCAGUAGAUGGCUGCAUUGUUUGUAAUAGAAACUCUUUUUAAAAAAUCCUUUAUAUGAAUAUGGAAAAUUACUAUUCUGCUGCAAUUAAGGUACCAAAAAUCAGAAUUCAGGAUUUGCUAGUCAUUUCACUAGCCCAGUGUAUAGAAUCACUCCAUGAAUGUCACUGUCUGACCUCCUGCCUUGUGAUUAUUCGGAAGAAAAAUGGAAAGUACAGUAUUAAGUGUUUUACGCUUAGAUCACGAAGCUACAAUCAUAGACCGUUGAGACUGUAAAGAAGAGAUUUGGAAGGGAAGAAUUUGGGCAGGUUUGGAAGAUGACUUUUCAGUCUCUGCUUUUCUUAAUCCUUCAUGGAAGAGGUUUUUUUUUAAAGCUGUCAGUUUGGUCCAGGUAAAAGAAUUCAUGUCCAUUCAGUAGUUGGCAUUACAUUUUGUUCAAAUCAGCCAAAUGUGUGUAUAAACUUUUAAUUCUCCAGAACUCUUCAGUUCAAGUAAGGGAUGGGAGGAGACGCAGGAAAGUCCAAAAACAGGGAAGGGGGCAAGGGCUGGGUGUGCGCACGAGGUGUGCCGCUUAAAGAGGGGAAUGGCAGCCUGGAUUUGGUAUAUGCUGAAGCAGGAGCGUGAUGCCCCCCACCCUGCCCCGAGCAGAGGAGGAAUGGCCGGCUCUGCAUAGGUUCCUGCCUGGAGAAGCCUCCCCGGCUCCUUUCCUGGCAGAGGCAAGAAAGACAGGCAUAAAAAUGUGGGGCCACAGAGCCCGGUGGUUUUCCAGCAGUGCGUUGGGCAGAGGAAGCCAAAUUCUGCCAAAUCGUGGAUAGUUGUAGAAACUCGCUGGCAACUGCCCCCUCCUCCGCACAGGCACGUAUAAACAAAAUUGGGUUGGUCCGUGAGAAAAGAAAGCCCAGACUCGCAGCUGGAGAAGGUCCAAACCGGAUUCCCUCUUCUGAGCUGUAACCUCCCAUUCCCAUGUUGUGGUUCCUGGCAGCCAGUUGGACCGUUUUCCAGACUUUUUCUUCCUUUGGCUGACCUGCAGGCUUUUGUCCGCCAGGGGGCUCUCUUGCAGCUCUGCCAGCUGAAGAGGAAACGCUUGGCGCCUUGCGUGCCCCCAUCUGCGUGCCGUGCAAUCCCAGGGAGGCUGCAGAGAAUUGGCAGUCCCGUGGCAGGCCGCUGCUCAAGGAGGCGGCUGCGGGGACUCCGGGUUUCUCCUGCAGGUCAGGCCGGGGCUUAACUGGGCGGUCAGCUCUCCUGGGCCUCCCAGCUGUGAGCUGCGCCCCGUGGAAUUAAUCAAGGGCAGAGGGUCAGCAGGUGAUGUCAAUGUGCCUUUCUCAGUAGUUUGGGCCACAAGAGCAGCGGAAAAAGAAUGCCGUCCCGUUUCCCCGUGCUGCAGUGCCACUCUUCCCUCGGGGGGGGAGGGCGGCUGAAAUGAGAGGCUGUGUGUUUUGGGGGCUCAGGAGGCUCCCCCUGCAGGGACAAGGGAAGCCUUGCCUCAUUUACCUCCCACCUGGCCUGCAGAGUUGCAAACGGACAGAUAAUCGGCGAGUUGUGGCAACGCGAUCGAUUUCUCUUCCUGGUGGAGAUUUCCUUAUCCGCUGGAUUCUACUCAGUGAGUUGGGUCAGAGGGACCGAACCAGCCCAGCCUGAAAGAGUAUUGCAUUGUCACCCCUCUUGGUGAACCCUCUUCUCACGGGGUGGGACUUUUAUCUCGGCCACCGCAGCUCUGCUGGGCCCGCGAGGGGCCUUGGCAAGGAAUAUGCGGGUGGUGACGGAGAUGCCCAGCCUCGCCCUCCUUGCCCACCAUAGCUGUUGUCGUCUGAACCGCCCCAGAGCUGCUUCCUCCACGGGGUCCGCUGGAGCCACAGUGUUUCCAUCACAAAGGGGCUCCGCCUCGAGAUUGGUGGUCCCCGAAGAGCCAUCCAGAAGGGCCCCGUGCAGGAGCCGGACCGUGCUUGUUGAGCGCUCGGCCUUCGCAGAGGGGACCCUCUCUGGUUCCGGGGUGUGCCAGCGGGCCCUUGGGCUUGUGUGCAGUCCGUGGGCGUCUUUGUUGGCCAUUACACUUUCAUGUAUAAAUGUGAUUGUCAUCAGCGCGUUUGUCGCGUGAUCUUGACCAUGGUUCAAGCUGUCUCAUAAAAUAUAUUCCUUUCAACGCUG